UUCACUCUCAUCCUUGAAUAAAUAAAGCAUUGUUCUGGGUGGAGGACAAAAAGGGCUGCGUCCUAAACCUCAUGAUACAGUAAAACAAGUGGACGUGGAGUGACUUACUGCUGUGUGUGUGAGGUUUGAGACAGAGCUGAACUGCAGGGAGUUCCUCCAGAGUGAAAGUGUUCCACACGGAGCAGAUUUUCUUCCUCAAGGUAAAAUAUUUCAGUGAUGAGAAUCUCUUAAGAUGAAGCUCAACUGAUUUCAGGACCUUGGGCUGGAAUGUUAAGAUGUUUGCGGCAACGCUCCGAAAAUGCUUGCAGCUCUGCAUCUCCCUGGCCAUUGUGUCCAGCAUUAAUGGCAGGGUGGUGGCUCCUCCGCGGGUCGAGGCAGUGGUGGAGAAGCCCUUCAUCCUGAGCUGCACGCUAUCAAAGCCUAGAGGAGAGCAGGUGAAACAGGUACGCUGGCUGGACAUGAAGAACCAGACACUCAUCUCGUACGUGCCAGGUGAGCCGGACAGUGUGAGUGGGCAGCACCAUGUGGAGCUGCGUGAAGGCCCAAAGGACUCCAGCAAGGUCCUCAUCAAACGCGUCAGCUACCGGGAUGAAGGCUGUUACACCUGCAUCUUCGAUGUUUAUCCCACAGGGUCCAAGGAAGGACAGACAUGUCUCACAGUCACUGCCUCAGUGAGCCAUGGUGGGAAUAAUACAGUGGUGAAAGGGAAGCAGGCAUCUCUGAGCUGUCUCUACGGCCUGCCUGAGAAGGUCCAGCAGGUUCUGUGGAAGAAAGUGGCAGAAAGGGGUGUGUUUCAGGAAGUGGCGUCCUUCGCCAAACGCAGUGAUCCUGUGAUAGAGGAGAUGUACGCAGACCGGACAAGUCUUACUCGUUCCCUAUCAGACUCCUAUCUCACCUUUUAUCCUGUGAAGACAGAGGAUGAGGGCUGCUACACCUGCCAGUUCCACACCUAUCCAGAGGGCACCAAGAGCGCCACCUCCUGCCUCACUGUGUUUGUCCUCCCCAAACCUCAAGUGACCUACAAAACCACGUCUCCAGGUGUGAUCGAGGCAAACUGCACCGCUGUGGCUCGCCCCCAAGCUGAGAUUGUGUGGAACGUGGAGGGAGACAACAGGACGCUGGGACCCCCGGUGAACACAGUCAUGCAGCAGGACGACGGGACAACGCUGGUCAUCAGCACACUGACGGUUCAGACUGGUCUGCUGAAGGACGUCUCUGUCAAAUGUCUCGUCCACCACAAAGGCCUGGAGUCUGCCAUCGCCGUGUCCAUGAACACUAAACUUGGAACAGCUCUGAUCAUCCUGAUCUCAGUGACUGUCGUGGCCUUCCUGCUGAUCAUCUGCAUGUGUGUCUGCCUGUGGAAGUGUGUUCUGCGCAGUAAUGAAUAAAGCUCCUCAGACUGCAAAAGGAGGAAGAUGAUGAGUUUCAGCUCGAGAUCACAAUGUGGAUGGGAGAACAUGGACUGAAUGGAUCGAGACCUACACUCACCUGUAAUAACCUGCUUCACAGACAUGGGUUCACCUGCAGGGGCGUGGCCACAUGGCUGGGUGGGAAAUUGCCAUUCCCAAACCACACACCUGACAGAUUAAUUACAAUAUGAAUUAAUUAUUGAGUUCACAGUGAUUUAAAUUGUCAUUGUUCAUAUAAAAUCCAAACAACAAUGAAACAAAAUUUCACGAUGUUUCGAUUUCAUUUGCACCAAGAAAAAUCACCAUAUAUCAUUUUACAAUAGUCAUAAUUCACUGGUUUUACAACUUGUACUGGUUUCCCACCAGACAGUGAGCUACAUCAUGGUACACGAACAAAUUCGUCUCUCUCCACAUUUCACCAUUACGGCCAUUUUAUUCUGUAACUUUAACAAUCACUGUCAUCACCACCAAUGGUUUAGAAGAAAACUUUCUGCCAACCUUGAAGUUGGAAUUUUAGGAGUUUUCUUUUGGAAUGGAUUUCUCAGUCGAAACCCAGAAGUGAGGUAAUGAGCUACAAAAGGGAAUAAAAUAAGGUAAAUAAGAAAUAAGGAUUUUUGUAAAUAUUUCAUUUUAAAAUAAAUUCCAACCUUCUUUAAUGGUAUUAAACAGUCAGAAGGAAUGCUAAUUUUAACAUAAACACCACCUAAUGCUAAUGCUAGCUAAUAUUACAUAAAACUACAACUGCUAUUUUUACCUUAUAAAUUGAAUUACAACACACGAACGUUUUCAAGAUGCCGUUCUCCCACAUGACAUGAACGCAGCGUGAGUAUCUGUGUUUGAUUUCUCUGCAAGAUCGUGGAAAGAACUGAAACAAGACAUGUGGGUGGAGCUAAAAGAGUGCAGCUCAUUGAUUGGUCAAGCACAAUGAUGAAUCAUCCUGAUAAUGUCUAAAAUUCAGGGUGCGCCAUUGAGUCCUGUUUCUUGUUUAUUAGCUCUGAUUGCUGCAUGAAGAGUCCUGACAGGAAGCCAGAGCAAAGUCAGAGAUAGAAAAGUCAGACUGAAGGAGGAAGGAGUGUUUUUCUUUGCUGUCAAAUGAAAUAUGAUGUAAUAUAAAAGCAAAAGACAAUUUUUGAGCGUUGAAAUAAAUCUAAUAGGACUCAAGUAUAUCAGCAAUAUACUUCUGCGUGAAAUGUCCUCGUUGUAAUGAAUCACUGGUUUCAUUUAACAAAAUGGCUUCUGCACUUAUAGAAUAGUGCUUCAUCCAGCACAUCUUUAUAUAUAUAUAUAUAUAUAUUGAAGAUACCAAAUUGAGGUCAUGAAACCAUAAUGUGUGGAAUGUACACAAUUUUAUCACACUUUUAAUUAUAGUUUUGGAAUUAAUGAAACGACGCCAGUGUUUGUGUUAAUUCACUACACAUCAUUGGAAAGAAAACAUGAUGCCCACAGUUUGAAGGAAAAUCUGACCAAGUGCUCAUCCCCUACAGUUCAGUCAUCAUUUAUCCAUAAUUAAAAAUUUACUCUGCGAAAUAAUCCGCCAUAUCUCUGAUUAAGACGCAUUUCAUCUGAAGUCUUGAUAAAAUUUAUAUUUAUGGGUUUUUUACAUAUAUCAGCCUCAAAUGACAUUCCAUAGCAUUUUUGAGUGUAUUUACAUCACUCCUCAAUAUCACGAGCCAGUAUCACACCACAAAUAUGAGCUGAAGUUCAAGCUUAGAAUUGGGCACAACUGAUACAUGACUUUAGAUAAACUCUGCCCACAUCUGUAAAAUUCCUACAUAACUUCUGAACAGUGCUUAAGUCUGUUGUCACUAUGACCUGCUGUCAUUUACGAAUCCCAGAUGAUGAAAAAGUCACAGCUUCACCCCUGACUGUUACAAAUCACUGACACUGGAGACUCCUUCCAUCAACCCUGAGUGAACACUCGAGCUCUCUUUCACUCUCACAUUUCAUGACAUAAAAUAUUUAAUACAACAUUUUGACAUAAAAGUUACAUCAAUCAUCCAGGACUUCCUUGAUUUAAAAAAAAAAAAAGGUAUAUAAUGUGUAUAAAUCUGUAGGGUUUUUAAAGUUUUACUGAAUAUUCUGAACACACCUGCAUGUUUUUAUGUAUUUUAAUUCAAUUUCACCAUCUGAUAAGUUUGAGUUUAACUGGAGCUUUCAGUGAAGAUGUGUCAGGACACAGUUCUGGUUUAUUUACUCCAAUUCCUGUGACAGACAUCAUUUUGAUGUGUACAGCAUUAGUCACUGACAUCCUCCAGGAAACAGCCAGAUGAAAUGUUUAAUAAGAGCAUUAUUUAUUCAACAAAUGUAUAUGAUGGCUACAGUACUUUCGACAUCAAACAUUAAAGUUACAAAUACAACGUA